AUGUUGUUCACGAUACUGUUAGCGGCAUCGACUGCCUAUGCUUCCGAGGGAUUUCAAAAGACCGCUUCCAAAGACCCGUUCGAAGUCGUUGAUGCCCAACGAUGGGUCAAGGCAGAGGACAUGACUUGGGCCGAUUAUAAGCCGCCUCCGGGGACGAACUGGGUCGAUCCGGAUCGCAAGGGCUCCAUUCGAAACUUCAAAAUCGCGCUCGUCACGAUCGACUACAAAGAUAGGCCGUUUGCUGUUACCUUGGCCCCCAACUCAACGGUGUUUGGGAACCCGCUCCCGUUGGUGGCGAAUCUCCCUCGGGAGGACGUGGCUCGAUAUUAUCGCGACCUGCUCAAUAAGCCAUCGGAACUGAAUCGAAACCAUACCAUUCACGAAUAUUGGAUGGAAGAUUCGGCCGGUAGAUAUGGCGUUGACUUAACAUCUUUUGGUCCGUACCGCAUGCCAAAAAACUCAUUCGAGUAUGGCAUCGAUGCCGAUUACAUGAACAAAGGAGGCUGCCCGGAGAAUAGCCAUUGCGACAGCGACACUCGAGGAGAUGCUUGGGUCGCAUGGAGCGGUGAUAUCGGAAGAGCAGCCGCUAUGGAUUUUGAAUUGACCUUCAUCCUUAGUGCUGGGGAAGAUGAAUAUGCCACAUGGCAAGAGUUCGGCGAGAUGAAGUUUAACUCAAAGGAAGACGUGCCCGAUUCCUUCGGACCGCCGGGGAACAGCUCACUCCCAAACCAUGCAAUGACGAGAAACCACCAGUGGACCUCGUGGGCGGCGGCGGCGGGCGUCUGGCCGAAUGCGUGGAACGGCACGACGCAACAAGGCGAAACAUCCCCCUUGGGUGUGUAUUCACACGAGCUGAGCCACAUCUUGAACAUCAAGGACAACUACAUGACCAAUCCAGACGCAGACCCGUUGCAGCGAGAUUUCACUGGCCCCUGGUCCAUGAUGUCUCGCGGCCUAUCCAACGGCCCCGGCGGAAUACAUUCGCAGUGGCAUAUUCCCUCGCUUCAGGGAGGCUCCAUGGGUUCGCUGCAUACAAUGCGCGACAAGCAAGAGCUCGGCCUUGCUGCGCGCGAGACGAUGUUGCGGCUUUCGAGCACCGCCCUGAGCAGUCUAGGACCUCUUGUCGUCAACAUCACGGCUCGAGCCGUUGCCGCCGACCUCAUGGGCCUGCGCGUCGAGUUGGCCGCCGACCUCUCACCUCGAUGCGAUGCCGCAAAGGACGUGCUGUGCGAUGGGGGCGGCUUCAACAACUACGACGUCGAGGUCAUCGACCGCAUGGGCUCGGACUCGUUCCAGCCCGACGCGGGCGUCAUGAUCAGCAAGACGAAGAACAGCAGCAAGCGGGAAUGGUUCCAAUGGACGAUUGACGCGAACCCGCAAGACAUCAACCUGGUCGACUUUCACCGCCCCAACGGCACGGCCGUCAUGGUAUCCACUGGGGACGCUCGCCAGCUGAACGAUGCCUUGUUUCAUGCCGGCACUCGGUCGGGAAGCAAGUUCGAGCACGUCGACAAGGCGAACGGCCUUCACUUUUACAUCCUGAACAAGCAUCGAGACGAGGCCGGCGUCCUGUCGUACACGGUGGGGGCGCGAUCGCUGAAGGAUAGCUCGAAGAGCCAAUACGCCGCCGGCCUGUCGGCCGGAAAGGCGGAUGCGACGCGGUACGAGACGAAGAGCGGCAUUGCCUUGUUCUGCCGAUUCGACUUGACCAACAACGGCACCCAUUCGCCGACGGGGACGGCACCGGAUGCAAGCCUGUCACCGCAUCUCGGUUCGGACGUGUAUCGUCUGCAGGUCGAGGUAGAGGGAUCCGGUUGGCGUGCCGAGUUGCCAAAUGCGCUGGCCGCUGCCAAGUUUGGCCAGACUGUCGGUGUUGACGUCGCCGUCGGAGCGUCGGCAGGUGCGCAGUCGGAGGCCAAGGUGACGUUGACGGCCAUUUCGGAGUCGGACGCGAAUGUGAGACAGAUGUCGGAAUGUAGGGUUGCGUUGAAGUGA